GUCGUGGCGGGGCCGGGUGGGCCGGGGCCGUGAAGGGCCAUGGGCAGCGUGCGCUGGGCUUUCCCCUGCGGGGCCUGGCGCCCCCGCCGCCGGGAGUGGCUGCUGGCCGCGCAGCUGGUGCAGCCCGAGGAGAAGGACCGCAUCGGCCAGUUUGUCUUUGCUCGCGAUGCCAAAGCCGCCUUGGCUGGUCGCCUGCUGAUGCGGAAAUUAAUUGCAGAAAAGAUGUGCAUACCUUGGAAUGAAGUACACUUACAAAGGACAUCAAAAGGAAAACCUUUCCUGGCCAAUACUAUAGUCAGUAUCAAUUCGAAUUACAACUUCAAUAUCUCUCAUCAAGGAGAUUAUGCAGUCCUUGCAGCUGAGCCUGAGCUUCAAGUGGGCAUUGAUAUAAUGAAGACUAAUUUACCAGGUAGUAGCUCAGUUCCAAAUUUCUUUCACAUCAUGAAGCGACAGUUUACUGAGACAGAGUGGGAUGUAAUCAAGUCUAUGAGUAAUGAAUGGAUGCAGCUGGAUAUGUUUUAUCGGCAUUGGGCCUUAAAGGAAAGCUUCUUAAAGGCUAUUGGAGUUGGAAUUGGCUUUAACUUGCAAAGAAUUGAGUUUAAUGUAUCCCCAUUGCAGCUGGAAGUAGGACAGGUGUAUAAGGAGACAAAAAUGCUUCUGGAUGGAGAAAAAGAAGAGGAGUGGACAUUUGAGGAAACCCGGUUCGAUGACCAUCAUCAUGUUGCAGUGGCACUCGGAAAACAGACGGGAUUUGUGCAAAAGGAUUCUGAUGAGAGGUCUGGGAAGGAGAAAUGCUUUCAGAAGACAGCAACAGAUAAUGUCAGAUCUGGAAUGCAGUGAUCAGUGUAUUCAUUCAAGAGACGAUUAAGUGAUUUUUGUCACAGCCUGCUAGUACUCAUGUGGGAAAGAUGGUCUUCACAGAGGGAAAUGGAAACAGUGAACCAAUCUGAACUUGCUAAACUUGUAUGACACCUCACAAAGUUGAUUUUAAUGGGGGACUGUCAGUGUGUGUAUCCCGGAGCAGAUCCAUUGCUCAAACACCAUUAUGACAAGAUAACCCUUGAGACAAACAACAACAACCAGCAGAUGGGAAGAACAGCAGUGUUAGUCUUCAUUCCAUGUGGUGUCUAUUGAGAGAAGGAACAAAGCUACUUAAAAGCUUUUCAGGAUUUUCUGUGCAAUUUAACAAAGAUCUCAGUCAUAAAAUAGCAAUAAAAGUCAAAAUUAAGGGAGAGACAGACUGGCAAGUUGUAGCUGAAAUAGCCAGACAAUCAGAAAAGGAGAGUGUGACAAAUUACCAGACUUCUUCUUGCUCACAAGAAAAUGGGUUAGUUGUUUUCUGUUAUUUACAUACAAAGGUUCUACCAGGAACUAGAAAAAACGUAGUGUAGGAAUGGAUAAAAGUAUAGAAGUGGUAAUGCACACGUCUGUCAUGGUAAUAAAGUCUGUCUGUGUUCAUGAAUAACACAAAGAGGCAGACCUUUUAACUAGUGUUGGGUAGGUUAAAAAGAAAAAAGAGGUAUAAACUGCCUUUGGGGUUUUACUGUGUUAAAUCAGUGUACAAAUACUAUUUUAAGAAAAUACAUUCUUUCUACUAGACAGGACAUAUUUAAGUUCCCAGUAGGAUGGCAUAUCAUUCUUCUGACAGGAAUACUGAUAAAUGCAGUCUGAGAUGAAAAGAAGAUGGUCAUUAUUUAUAAAGACAGCUACCUAAGUAUGCUACAAAAAUCCAGGAUUUUUAAGUGUUGACCUUCAUCACCACUGUCACAUGCCUUGAAGUUAUCAUAGGAAGAAUAGUAAUGAUAUCAAGAAUUAUGAUGAGAAAUCUUUGAAUCAAGAGAAGUCUCAAAGGCAUACUUGUCCACUGACUAGAUUUCUGAUGGCCUGAAUUUCAUUAUCUCAGUUCACUGAAAAAAGGUCGUUUUAAGCAGGACUACUGAGCAUCCUAUGACUCCCCAAAAGAAAAAUUAAGUGAAAAUUUAUAUACUAUUGCAUUGUACCUUUUUAGACCUCCUUCUAACAGGAACAUGAAGGAAAUGAAAAUUACCUUCUCUCUGUGUAACAGAACUGUAAAAAAUGAUUUUGUUUUAAAUGUCUUGCUAGAUGUGUUGAGAGAAAAAGUUGUUCAUCCUUGUUAAAUACGUGCAGUUGUUCCAGGAUGUCAGUGUUUGAGUUUGUUCCCCCUCUACAAUCACAGGAAUAAUUCAUUAUGUCCUGUUUGCAGAACAUGUACGUUCAGCUUUCUUCUUAUACUGAUAGCAAGUACCUACAAUGCACAGGAAAGACCAAUCGUUACAUUAAUGUACUAUAGUGAAAAAUCUCUAGUGUCAAGAAUCUUUACAAAGUGUCUGCUAGUGACUGCUAUAUGCUUUAAGAAACAGAACAUGUAUCUGCAGUGUUUACUGAGAUCUAGACAAUCUAUGGCAAAUCUCAAUGAAAGAGGGCUGAAUUUAUUAUUCUUUAUAAUUCCUUUGUAGGCUAUAAAAUAUCUUUUUGUCUGUCACUUGCUAAAUUUCACAAGAUUUGAGAUGGAUUCAGUCAGAACACACUUGUCUUCAGAUAAGCAUGCGCUGAAGUUCAAACUAGAUCUGUUAACAUCUCCUUAGCUCUGAGCCUUAGUUCAUGUUUGGUAUGCAUCUGUGAUGUCACUUACAUGGCUCUAGGCACAGUUCCUUCAGUUUUACCUCAUCUCCAAAAUGUCAGAUGAACAGGAAUGUCUCAACACUAUGUAAUUUGUGUAAGGACAUAAAGUGACAGCCAGCUCAAUAACUUCUGGUUUCAGUCUGUAUUGACAACUUAGAGUUUUUCUGUGCAGUUACAACAAGCAAAACCCAUUUUGUUGUCUCUGCAUUUAUUCCUAGCAGUAGCUUACUGCUCAAACACUGAAAUGGAGAGUAGACCUUUUUGCACUUUUACCUAUUUACUGACCCACCUUUAUUGAUGUGACAGAAAGGGACAACAAAAUCCUCAAAAUAGACCUUAGAUGGGAUCAUCUGCAGCACUGGUACGUGAGCAAGAAAAGGCCUACAAAGUACAAUUAUGAACAAAUUCCCCAACCUU